UCUGUCAAAUAAAUGCAACCUUUUGAACGAUUAUAUGGUUUCCUCUCAUGACAGUGUAAGCGCAUUUCAACAUGAACAAAAGCUCAAACACUUGUGUUGACCUUUUCCAAAGAAGCUAAAUAACAGUCAGAUGCAAAGAUGAGAAAGGAAAACUUGCAGACGACAGCGUUACUUCUGACAGGUGUUGUGUGCCUGGUCAUUAUCAUGAAGAAAAACGACUUUAAAAAUGAUGUGACACUGAAGAGCAAAGACAUAUAUGUGAUGCUCCAUCAACAAAACAAUUUGUCCAGCUUCGAAACUCUCCAGCAUUCAUUUUCACAUUGUCAUCGAAAUAUGUCUGCUUAUAAUGUGACUGGAUUUUCUACUCUGCCAAAUCAUAUCCAAGACUUUCUGCUUUACAAACACUGUAGGAGUUUUCCCAUGCUUCUUGAUGUGCCUAAUAAGUGUGGCAGACCCCAAAACUCUGCAGAUGUCUUCCUUCUUCUGGUCAUCAAGAGUUCUCCAGAGAAUUAUGAUCGACGAGAAGUUCUGCGGAAAACAUGGGCUAAGGAAAGACUGCACAAAGGCGUGUGGAUCCGCAGAGUCUUCAUAACCGGAACGAGUAAAACUGGCUUUGAGAAGCACAGGUUGAAUAAGCUAUUGAAGCUGGAGAACAGUGAGAACCAGGACAUUUUACAGUGGGACUUCAAUGAUUCCUUCUUCAACCUCACACUGAAGCAGAUUGUUUUCUUAGAGUGGAUGGAAAGAUGGUGCCCACACGUCAGAUUUCUUUUAAAUGGAGACGAUGACAUCUUUGCCAAUACGUUUAACAUGGUUGAGUAUCUUCAGGGUCAGAAGGACAAUGAUGGAAGUAAACAUCUCUUUGCUGGGCACCUCAUUCAGAACGUAGGUCCUAUCAGACAAAGUUCAAGCAAAUAUUUUGUCCCAGUGCAAAUACAGGAGUCUGAAAGGUAUCCUCCAUACUGUGGUGGAGGAGGCUUUCUUCUCUCUGGCUUCACGGCCAAAACGAUCUACAACAUGUCUCACUCUAUAAAUCUGCUGCCCAUUGAUGAUGUUUACAUGGGAAUGUGUUUGGAAAAGGCUGGCCUCAAGCCUACAUCCCACUUUGGUGUAAAGACAGCUGGUCUACAUGUCCCCGCUGAGAACAUCGACAAAUUUCACCCUUGCUUUUACAGAGAAAUCAUUUUAGUCCAUAGAUUUCUGCCGCACAUGAUUUUUGUGAUGUGGAAUGAAUAUGAUUAA